GUCUGGGUGAUUAGAUGUGAGAGGGUCAUACGGAAUGAGAACAGACAGUUCGAUAUGCAGGUGACACGCAGGUGGUAUGCUGCGAUUGAGCACCGACUUGCUGAUGACAGGUAUUCAACACGCAAGAGCCUCGAAAAGCGCGCACUUGAUCCUGGCAUGGUAGAUGCCACCUGGAAGCCCGUAAUAGAGGGCUACCGGAGCCUUCCCCCCGCGUGGGUCGGGGACACGGGGUUUUAG